AUGUCUUCUCUUUCGCGUCGUGCAUGCUACAAGUGCGGCAACGUCGGCCACUACGCCGAGGUUUGCUCGUCAGCCGAGCGUCUUUGCUACAACUGCAAGCAGCCCGGCCACGAGUCCAACGGCUGUCCCCUGCCUCGCACCACCGAUGCUAAGCAGUGCUAUCACUGCCAGGGUCUCGGCCACGUUCAGGCAGACUGCCCGACGCUUCGCCUCUCUGGCGCCGCCACUGGCGGUCGCUGCUACAGUUGUGGCCAGCAGGGCCACCUGGCUCGUGCUUGCCCGACACCCAAUGCUGCCGGUCUCGGCCGCGGCGUUGCCCUGCCUCCCCGUGGUGGCUUUGCCGGCUACGGCCGUGGCGGCUUCGCCGUCGGUGGUCCUCGCCCGGCUACCUGCUACAAGUGCGGUGGCCCGAACCACUUCGCUCGUGACUGCCAGGCUCAGGCCAUGAAGUGCUACGCUUGCGGCAAGCUUGGCCACAUUUCGCGCGAGUGCACCGCCCCCAACGGCGGUCCCUUGAACACUGCCGGCAAGACCUGCUACCAGUGCGGCGAGGCUGGUCACAUCUCGCGUGACUGCCCUCAGAAGAACACGAACGGCGAAGUCAGUGCCGAGAUUCCGAUCCCGAUCCCGGAGGCUGCUGCCGUUGCUGUUCCGGCCGUCGUCCCCUCCAUCGCUCCGGUUGCCUAG